AGAUCCCCCCCUUUGCUCCCUCUCCAGCCGGAAAAUGAAGCAACACUCCGGCUGGAUGUUUUUCUCCAGCUUUGGGAGGAGACGGGUCUCUUGAACCCGCCACCCACCCACCCGCAGCUCUUUGGCCUGAAUCGCUUCUGCGCGAUUCUCCCCAACUUGGAUCCGGAGCGCCUCUCCCCGCAUUAACCGCCGGGAGCCCCAGAUUAUCUACCGCGGGGGGGGGGGCUCCAGUCGGGGGGGCGGGGGAAUGAUGUCCCAUGACACGAGCGAGAGGACCCCCAACCCGGAGCCGCCCCCCGCCACGGUCUACGUCCUGGUGGAAGACCCGCGAUCCACGGACGCGGUCCAGCUGCUCAGCUUCAACUCCCUCCUGCCAGAGUCUGGGAUUGUGGCUGACAUAGACCUGGAGAAUAUCCUCUCGCUGAGCAGUGACAACUUCUACGAACUGAAGAGCCAGCCCAUUGGAGUCAGCCCUCCGAGUGCCCCAGCUCAGGGUCCCGCCAUGUCGUCCCGCGUGCUUCUCCGGCAGCAGCUGAUGCGGGCGCAGACGCAAGAACAAGAGCGCCGGGAGCAGCAGCAGGCGGCACAGUUCACUCCGGGGCCCCCUGCGCCUUCCACGCCUGCCAUUUCCAUGAGUCCCCUCGCGCGCCCUGCCCCUGCGCAGGUUCCCGUGGAGGUGCUGAAGGUCCAGACCCACCUGGAGAACCCCACCAAAUAUCACAUCCAACAGGCGCAGAGGCAGCAGGUCAAGCAGUACCUCUCCACUGCCAUGGGCAGCAAGAUGGCAACGCAGGCUGUAGCUGGGACGAGUCCGGGGGGCCCCACCUGCUCCCCACAGGCUGCCUCUGCUCCUGAGCCCCAACAUGGUUUGGCUAAGCAGCCGGGAGUGGCGGGGGCCCCCGGCAGUGCCCCCAAUAGCCCCAUGGCUAUGCUGAACAUUGGCUCCAGUUCUGAGAAAGAGAUUGAUGAUGUCAUUGAUGAGAUCAUCAGCCUGGAAUCCAGCUACAAUGAUGAAAUCCUUAACUACGGAGGCCUACAGAUGCCCAGCACUCUGCCAGUCUCUGGAAACCUCCUGGAUGUGUACAACAACCCAGGAAUGAUGGAGCCAGCUGUGACAGUUAGCAACUCCUGCCCGGCUGACCUGCCAAAUAUCAAGAGAGAGAUGUCAGAAAAUGAAGCCAAAGCAUUCCUGAAGGAAAGGCAGAAGAAAGACAACCAUAAUCUGAUCGAGCGGCGGCGGCGGUUCAAUAUCAACGACCGUAUCAAAGAGCUGGGGACUCUCAUCCCCAAAUCGAAUGAUCCGGAGAUGCGCUGGAACAAAGGAACCAUCCUCAAAGCCUCGGUGGAUUACAUCCGGAAGCUGCAGAAAGAGCAGCAGCACUCGAAAGAGAUGGAACUCAGGCAGCGCAAAUUGGAGCAGGCCAAUCGCAGCCUGCAGCUGCGAGUGCAGGAGCUGGAACUCCAGGUGCAAAUGCACGGGCUGCCCUUGCCUUCCACGCAGGGGCUUCUGACUCAGCCCUUGGGAGGAGACCUGGUCCCUUCCUUUGCAGAGUCCCUGGAUCUGCCCUUCACAGCAGAGGAACUGGGGCUGGGCCUUGCUCUGGGAUCCGACGGGGGAGCCCUGCAGGAUGUUCUCAUGGACGAUGGAACCGCUCUGUCCCCGCUGGGUGCCUCCGAUCCGCUCCUCUCCUCCGUCUCCCUGGCGCCUCUAAGGGCAGCAGCCGCCGUUCCAGUUUCAGCAUGGAAGAUGAUUCGUGAUGGCAGCGCUUGGGACUUUUUGGCAAUGGAAGAGGAGCCGGAGAAGGCUCCCACCCUUACUCAUCAUGCCCUGCUCCUGCUCUUGACUAUUCCUCUCCCUCAAAUCUUGGAGGCUUCUUCGCCUCUGCUGCUAUAUAGGCUGUGCCCCUUCCUUUCCCUGACAUUCCAUAUUUUGGAGAACUUGACCUGCUGCCUCUUUAGCAAGAGGGCCAUGGAAAAGAGGGGCUUGCAGAGCCAUAUAUUACCAAUCCUCCCCUGGAGCAGGAGAAAUAGGGUAUCCCAUCACAAAGUGAGGGGCCCUAAGCCUUCUAGACCCAAGCUUCAGAAACUCUGGGAAUAGUGGAUUUUUGUGUUUCCCUAAACCUGCCGUUUUAAACGUUACUAGGGCGUUUCUUUAACACUGUGUGAGGAGUGUAUCCACAAACCUCAGUUCAUCCACUCCAACCCUGAGUUUGCAUUCUUGCGCCUUUGCUGUAUAUAAUUUGGGGAAAUUAAGGUGGGUGAGGAGGAGAAAGUGGCCUCCUUGCUUUUGCGUAAUUUAGAGGCACUCUCCCCUUUAAAAAAAGUUAGAUUUAUUUUAUAUAGUUAUCGGACAUUUUUUAUUUGUAACUCUCACCCUUUCUUGUUUAAAGUCGGCAGAUUCAACAUUUUAUCAAAACUACCGCUUUUAAUUUUUAAUUAUUUUUUUCUUCGUCUCUUUCCUUCGGUUCUGACCUGACUGCAGAAAAACUUGAUUUUUGUCCCUUGUGACUUCUUUGUGGGCAAAAAAAGGGAGUUGGGUGCAGAGGCAGAAAAAUCCGUGAAAUAAUGUUCUUGUUCAUGUGGUUGCAUUUAAGGGUACAUUACUGCCACAAAGCAUUUAAUUGUCACCCCUCUUUGUUUUUUUUAAAUAUAAAUGGAGCUAUAAUCAAGUUUUUUUAUAUACUCAAAAACUUUUUGCAUACCAAAUGGACAUUAGGAGAAACAGAGAGCAAAUGAGACUGUACUGUUUAUUGAAUCCACUAGUUUUUUAAAAUACUGGAAGCGGGCUUCUGUAUGAGCCAACUCUUUGUUGGGUGUAAAAGUGUGGCCGCAAUUGCUGCAGAGACAAUCAUUUGGGCUCCAGUAUUAGCCUCACCACUGUUUGAAUGUGUGUGAACCCCUUCGAAACAGAAGUGGUCACGCAGGAGUAGCUGUCUCAAAAUAUUAUCUAAAAGCACUAAGCUUUUAUGGCUUUUUAGGGCUGGGUAUGGCUUUUUUAGGGCUUUUUUAGGGCUUGAGGGACCCAGGUGGCUCUGAGGGACCCAGGUGGCUCUGUGGGUUAAACCACUGAGCCUAGGGCUUGCUGAUCAGAAGGUCAGCGGUUCGAAUCCCUGUGGCGGGGUGAGCUCCCGUUGCUCGGUCCCAGCUCCUGCCAACCUAGCAGUUCGAAAGCACAUCAAAAUGCAAGUAGAUAAAUAGGAACCGCUACAGCGGGAAGGUAAACGGCGUUUCCAUGCGCUGCUCUGGUUCGCCAGAAGUGGCUUUGUCAUGCUGGUCACAUGACCUGGAAACUAUACGUCGGCUCCCUCGGCCAAUAAUGCGAGAUGAGCGCGCAACCCCAGAGUCGGUCACGACUGGACCUAAUGGUCAGGGGUUCCUUUACCUUUACCUAACUUGUGCCCCUCUAAGAAGUUAUUAGAUUCUACCUGCCGUCAUCCCCUGAUCAUUGGCCAUCCUGCCUGCGGCUGAUGGCAGUUUAAAUCAAACAGCUUCUAGAGGGCCUUGGGCCUCUCCCGCACUUUAGAAUCACAGCAUAGUCUGAAGUCUGUGCUGGAAAAUGGAAUACCAGACGUCUGUCCUUCAGGAAGUGUAAUUUUGGGUGGGAUUCAACUAAUGAGGCCUGUCCGCGGAAGCCCAGUGCCCAAACCUCCAUUUCUAGCCUGGGGCUUCUCUCAAUCUCAUCCACACAUCCCAUGAAAUUGGCUCUGGGGAGGUCGGGAGAACUUCUGGAACAGUGGGGGGGUGGGGAUUGCUCCAUCUGGCAAGCCAAAAAGGAACAAUCACCUUAGCACAAUGUUGAAUUUCACCCUUCGAAACUGAGAAGAGCUGCCUUACUGGAGGUUGUCACUGGGUAGGAGGAAAUAUGGGUAGUUUCUAGGCUGGGACCUUCAUGAGCUGCAAGUGGGGGGUAACAGGAGUGAGUGUUCAAUGUAAACCAGACGCUGUAGUGGUAUUCCAGGGUGUGUUGUUCGUAAGAAGCAAGAGGACCGAGAGCAGAGGAAGUUGCAAAAAUGAGAUUAGGGCAAGUGGUCGUAGAUCUUAAAAGGAGUAGAACUGGGUUCCAUUAACAAAAGGUUGGUCUGAUUAAGGGGAUGAAAGGGAUGGAAUUUCAGGCUGAGGGAAGGGGCUGGUUUUCCUGUUGUGGAUUCUACACCCUCAGUGGUGACCCAGAUUGCACCUUCUGUCCUUUUAAUUUGUAUGUUUAAACAUUCCCACUACCAGUACUAGAAGCUUCUAAACAAAUAAACCAGCAAUGACCAUUUUCUAUA